AUGGUCAAGGUCAAAGCACUCUCUCGUUCCUCCAAUGACUAUGUCAGAGAACGUGUAGAAGACAUUCACAAAGUACAACGCAACUUGGACCCUAAUGCUCAUCCCUUUGAACAAGGUAGAGAAUAUACCAGAGCUUUGAAUUCUGUCAAAUUGGAUCGUAUGUUUGCAAAGCCCUUUGUUGGGUCACUGAAUGGACACAUUGACGGUGUAUACUGUUUAACUAAGCAUCCCUCCAAGCUGAAUUCGAUGAUUUCCGGCAGUGGUGAUGGUGAGAUUUGUAUCUGGGAAGUAUCUGAACAAAGAACCACAUGGCGAGUGCAAGGUCAUCGUGGCCUUGUCAGUGGUGUGUGUCCUGGCAAAGAGGAAGGCCGAUUCUUGUCUUGUUCUACUGACAAGACAGUCAAGGUAUGGGGAGACGACAGUGAACCUAUCGAAACAUACAUGGGCAAGCAUGCUUUCACCGGCUUAUCGCAUCAUCGCUCUGAUCCCAUCUUUGCAACAUCGGGUGGCACUGUAGAAGUAUGGGACGAAAGCAGAUCAGAACCCAUUCACGAUUUUGCAUGGGGAGCCGAUUCUUACCAGACAGUUAAAUUCAACCAAGUGCAACAAAAUAUCUUUGCUUCUUGCGGUACGGAUCGCACCAUUGUACUGUAUGACUUGAGAACAAGCAAACCUCUGUCCAAGCUCGUCAUGUCACUCAAGACAAACGCCAUUGCCUGGAACCCUAUGGAAGCCUACAUUUUCACAACAGGUAGCGAAGAUCACAACGCCUAUACAUUCGAUAUGAGAAACAUGACCUCAGCAAAGAACGUACUCAAGGACCAUGUGUCUGCCAUCAUGGACGUCGACUACUCACCUACCGGCCAAGAGAUUGUUACAGGCUCCUAUGAUCGCACAAUUCGUUUGUAUGAUGUGGGCACAGGGCACAGUAGAGACUGCUAUCACACCAAGAGAAUGCAACGUAUCUUUGCCGUGCAGUACUCGAUGGACAGCAAGUAUGUGCUGUCUGGCUCAGACGACGGUAAUAUUCGUAUCUGGAAGGCACAUGCCAACGAAAAGAUGGGUGUCAAGGACUGGCGUGAGAAGAACAAGCUUGAAUACUCUGCUAAAUUGAAGGAAAGAUACGGCCACAUGAAGGAUAUCCGCAGAAUCGAUAAGCACAGAAGAACACCCAAGGACAUUAAGCUGGCUGAUGCAACCAAGAAGGAGAUGAUCAAGGCAGAGAGAAGAAAGGAAGAGCUGAGACGCAAGCAUUCCAAGAAGUUAGACGCUGUCAGACGUGUGCCUGAACGUGAAAAAGCCAUCAUUGGCAUUGCUAAAUAG